AUGGCGGAGAACACGAAGAAGUCGCCGGAGGAAGAGAUAAGGCCGGAGGAAGAAACAGUGAGCGAAACAGCAUCACAACCACCGCCAUCUCCGACAACAGCAAAACAAGGCGGUGGAUGGGGCGGUUGGGGUUUCUCUCCAUUGUCUUAUCUCUCAGAUCUUCAAAAGGCUGCUACUACUGCGGCCGAGGAGAUCUCUCGCAAUGCUGUCGAGGUUGCUAAGACAGCAGCAAAGAACAUUGCUGACAUGCAAAACAUUGAUGAAGACCCAGAAUCUUCCAAGGAGGAUGCUACAGAAGCAUCUGCAGUUGAAGAAGUAAGUGAUGACGAGAAUGAUAAGCGGCGCAAGGAUGCUUUGGAUAAACUGGAGAAAGCUAGUGAGGAUUCAUUACUCGGUCAGGGUAUAAAGGUGCUUGACAAUUCUGUGGAGUAUUUUGCCUCAGGAGCUUGGCAGGCCUUUGGAAAUGCAUGGAAAGGGGGCUCUGAUUUAGUUCACAAGCUUGAGAAUUCUGCUGCAAAUCUUGCUGAAACUAUUCAGCACGGUGCUCUACCUGGGGCUGCUGGUUCUGUUGCACCAUCUUUAAUAGAGUCUGGAAAAGCUCUUACUGCAAAGGGAAUGCAAGUGCUUGAGCUUGUUGGUAAGGAAACCAUGGAUCUUUUGAUCUCAGAAACUGGAAUGGAAGUUGAUAAAGAUACCAAAGAAGCUGAAGAGCAAGUAGAUGAAGAUCAGCUGUUUGAGGAGGUCUCAUUUGAUCGGUGCUUCUACAUAUAUGGUGGUCCUGAGCAGUUAGAGGAACUGGAGGCAUUGUCCAACCAUUAUGCAUUGCUAUUCAAUCGAAGGAAAUUGAAGUUGUCGUCUGAGCAAAAGUCUGUCUAUGAUGGAAAGCUUAAGCAGGUCCAACAAAUGUUCAAUUUAAGUUCUGAAACCGAUGGAAAUGCUAUAGAGUCAGAAAAAGGGAAGAAAGUUGAGAACAGUACUGAGGGCAAUAUUGAUGAGAUGAAGAAUUUGCACGAUUCUAGUGUUAGCAAGGCUGCUGAAUUGGCUGCAGGGCUUGAGAAUUCUGCUGCAAAUCUUGCUGAAACUAUUCAGCACGGUGCUCUACCUGGGGCUGCUGGUUCUGUUGCACCAUCUUUAAUAGAGUCUGGAAAAGCUCUUACUGCAAAGGGAAUGCAAGUGCUUGAGCUUGUUGGUAAGGAAACCAUGGAUCUUUUGAUCUCAGAAACUGGAAUGGAAGUUGAUAAAGAUACCAAAGAAGCUGAAGAGCAAGUAGAUGAAGAUCAGCUGUUUGAGGAGGUCUCAUUUGAUCGGUGCUUCUACAUAUAUGGUGGUCCUGAGCAGUUAGAGGAACUGGAGGCAUUGUCCAACCAUUAUGCAUUGCUAUUCAAUCGAAGGAAAUUGAAGUUGUCGUCUGAGCAAAAGUCUGUCUAUGAUGGAAAGCUUAAGCAGGUCCAACAAAUGUUCAAUUUAAGUUCUGAAACCGAUGGAAAUGCUAUAGAGUCAGAAAAAGGGAAGAAAGUUGAGAACAGUACUGAGGGCAAUAUUGAUGAGAUGAAGAAUUUGCACGAUUCUAGUGUUAGCAAGGCUGCUGAAUUGGCUGCAGGCUUUGCAAAUGCGUUAGCAGGACUUGCUCCAAAUGAUGUGAUUCAAAGAACUGCUGGCAGACUAGAUUCUAUUCACUCAGAGGGUGUUCAUAGACUUUCAGAAAUGUGUUGUUUUGCGGUAUCUCAACUUUUGAUGCUUGGGAAAUCCAUCAUAUCUAAUGCAAACAAAGUUGAGGACCAAGAUAUGUUGAAUAUUGACUGGCCGGGGGAUUCGGUAGAAAAGGCUAAGAUAAUCCGUACCAAGGCACAGUCAAUGACUGGAAAUGUCGAAGCAGUUUCCAACAGUUUUAUUACAGGCAUAUCAGAUGUAGCGGAAGUGUAUGUGGCAGCCAUUAAAGGCGCUAUUGCCGAUGCAGAUAAAGCUCUUCCACAGAAAUCAAUUCAGGAAAAGGCCAAUGCUUUCUCUGAGAAUCUUCGUGUUGAUCGUACCACAGCCAUGGGUAAAAUUCAGGAUGGACUCCAAUACCUGUCUUACGUCGUUCUUUCAACCUCAAUGCCUGCUGCUUGAGAAAUUGAAAAUUCUGGAUGCAAGCAUAUAUAGAUUCAUUGUGUUUUCACUUCUAUUUUUGUAAAUAGUUGGAUUUUUAAAUGGGUGCCAUGAAACUCAAUUGUUUUAUCGACGAGUUUGCACUCUUCCAAUAAAUGGAAGAAACAUUCUCCUCUACAACUUGGUGUCAUUGUUGGACAAACAUCAAUUCCCAGAUGUUGAGCAAUCUAUUUUUCCAGUGUUUUUCAGAAGGGAAGAAGAUAGAAUUGGCAUUGGAUUGAGAAAAUGAAC